AUUUCAUCUCACCCUGCCUUUUAUCAACAUUGCAAGGUGCACUGUAUUUUGGAGGUAGGAGAUCGCAAGAUUAGGAUGAUAAUCCACGUAAGUUUACAAUCUUAAUCCAAAGGUGUGACUUGCGAGAUCUUUGUAACAGAUGUUCUAUUUUUUCCCCAAAUCAUUACGCUCUCUCAGUCGCGUGCUUUAAGCUAGUUCAUAAUCCGUUCAUGGUCAGUGUGAACGGAUUGUGUCGCGCGCUGAAAUUGGUUGGUUCGUAGAGGAAAAUGCGAUUUGUAAUAUAAAUAUAUAGCAGUAACAAUUAUUGACAAUUUGUUUAAACUCUAUUCACUGUCCGAAAAUUAAUGCACAUGUACAUAUUCCAAUUACCUUAGUGUGUCAAGGAACUGUCAAGUGAGCAAGUCAGACACUAACUCGGAUAAGAUUGAAAUUUUUCGACAUUACUCAGUUGUUUUUAUAUAAUUUACAAGAGAGGAAACUAUCUAACAUGAUUGUACACGUGGUGUAUUAAAUGUAGACACAACACAAUUGAUUUUUUGUUAGGUUCUAUAUUUGUGAUCUUGAAGAAGAAUAUAAAAUAUAUACACGCUACAAAACAUAUAACAACAUAUCAAUUACAGUAUCAACAUAAAUAAAUUAUCACAUUAUUAUGAUAAAAUCUAGAUAUCUUACAUUUAUCAUAGGUAUUAAAAUAAUUGCAUUACACUGAAUUAAUCUGUACUAUGUAGUAGAACUAACUUCUAUUUUACUCAAGCAAAAUAGAUUGAAUAUAAUAAAUCUCAAUCAUGAGUAUAUAUGCAAUGCUAAUAUACAAUAUAAUAAGCAAUAAUUACAAUGGUUACCGAAUUGCUGAUUCAGGCAAAAGAAAGACCAUAGUGUAUAUACAACACAUCAGACUUUUAAGGUUUUCAAUAGCUUGUCCAAUUUCCGUCACUUAGCAAAAUAUAUGUCACUGGCAUCUCUAUGACUGCUAACUUCAAAGUGAUUUAAAUUUACAGAAUAAAACUCUCCAGAACUUUGACAUCCAAGAUCUUCCAAAAAAAAUUCCAGGAAUACUUACAGUGACCAAUCAAAGACCACUGACCUCCAAACUAGUCCUUUGACUAUACUGGUCUUGAAUGAAUAAAACAAUAAAGACGACUCUUAUUUUAAAGAAAGAUAACUCUGGUUAUACUUUAGUAAUAGAAACAUGCAGUGCUGGUUAGUAAUCUGUACAUGCAUUUUAUUUAAGUAUUUAGUUUGUAUUAUUUAUUUACAAGUAUUUAAUUGGUCUAGACUUGCCUAGAUUGUUAAGCGGUCUAGCGCGCUGGUUACAUGCUGCUAGAAGAUUUGGUUCCGUAGGUCGUGAGUUCAACCCCGCUAUCUUGUCGAGCGGUCUAAUGCGCUGGUUACAUGCUGCUAGGCGAUUUGGUUCCGUAGGUCGUGAGUUCAACCCCGGGUAGGGGCGGAAGUAGGUAUCCAAAUAAAGUGAAAUUUUCUGUGCUUUAUAUAUAUAUAUAUAUAUAUACUACUCAAAAUUUGAUAAGGAUCAUAGAUAUUUGUCUGUUUAAAAAAUUAAUAACUGCAUAACUGGCAAUAUUGUGUCCAAGUGAAAUAAAAAACGUCUUCAACAAACUUGCACGUGCAUUUCAUGCCAUGGGAAAUGCGUUUCUCAUCACAGUUAUGCUUUUGCUACCAUUGCACGAUUUUCACUCAGGCAUCGGUGUCUGAUUCUUUCUAAAAUUUCAAACUCACUUGAGUGUUUACACUACGUUUAUCAACACAAUGCCCCCUCAACGUGUAAGGCGUCGCCUGACGACAGAACAACUGGGCAGAUGUAUUGGAAUGCUUGACGCUGGCUAUUCACAACGUGACGUUGCAAAUGCACUAAACGUCAACCAGAGCGUUGUAAACAGGGCCUGGAACCGACAGCAAACUUUUGGUACAGCAGCACACCGACAUGGGGGGGGGGGGGGGGGGGGGUCGUCAGAGGUCGACAACCCAACGCCAAGACCAUUUUGUGGCUCUCCAGGCACGACACCAUCCCUUCUGGACAGCAACCAGCCUACGUAUCGACCUUCUGAACGCCUCGGGGGUGAAUGUGUCCACUCAGAUGAUACGGAAUCGGCUUCACAAUGCAGGUCUCAACUCGAGAAGGACAUGUGUUCGAGUCCCUCUGACUGUUCGACACCGGCGGGAACGAUUGGACUGGGCUGAAGAUCAUGUCACUUGGACACAGAACGAUUGGGUUCAAGUUCUGUUCACCGAUGAGUCCAGGUAUUGUUUGGACUUUACAGACAGGAGGCACCGAGUGUGGCGACGACAACGUGAACGUUUCCAUGAUGCCAACAUCAGUGAACAUGACCGUUAUGGUGGUGGUUCCAUCAUGGUCUGGAUGGAAUCAGCAGGGAUGGAAGAACAGAUCUUCAUGUCCUGGACAGAGGAACAAUUACGGGGGUGCGGUACCGGGAUGAGAUCCUCGAUGUUUACGUCAGACCCUACGCUGGUGCUGUUGGCCCUGAGUUCAUCCUGAUGGAUGAUAACGCCCGUCCUCAUCGCACCAGGGUGGUGGAGCAGUACCUUCAGCAGGAGACAAUUGUCCGUAUGGACUGGCCAGCGCGCUCGCCGGACUUGAACCCGAUUGAGCAUGUAUGGAACAUGCUGCAGGUUGCCCUUUCACGCCGUAGAGCACAACCCACGACUUUGGCAGAGCUCGGAAACGCCCUCGUGGAAGAGUGGAACAACCUUCCCAUUAGAAACAUCCGGGUGCUUAUUGACAGCAUGGCUCGACGUUGUCAAGCCGUCAUUGAUGCAAGGGGAGGCCAUACCCGGUAUUGACACUUCAUCGACUAAGUGUAAUGAUGGACUAUCCCCCAAAACUGUGUAAUUCUUUCUCUGGUUUGCUGUUAACUUUUUGUAAUGAAAUGCCUUUUGGUGUUGUUAUCAGAUUUCAAGCAUUCCGUAUUGAUAAAAGUUCAUGCCGUUCAUGAAUUUUCAUUCAUAAUCUGAGUAAACACGUUUCUGAGUCAAAUCUAUGUCUUUUGUUAUGUUAGUGGUAAAUUACACACAUAUAACCUAGUGAUCCUUAUCAAAUUUUGAGUAGUAUAUAUGGUUUAAUAUUUCAUUGAAUAUAUAAUAAUGUAAUACAAUAUUUUAUGCAAUGUAUUUUCUAAAUUCAAACGUUUUCUUUGGUGAUUAUGAAAAUGAAUUACAAAGUUUUGUUAUGACAUUGUCAACAAACUCCUUGCAACAACCGUAAUUUACUUCAGUCAUUUACAAUGACAUUCACACUAUUAUAUACAGGUAGUGCCUAUCUUUUUGGGUGACAAUAAUUUAACGCCUGAUUGCUCCUCUACAAUACUGGUAUAGGUGUCACAUGUACCUCCCUUGUAAAGAGCAAAUAAAAUUGACAGGAUUAUGCACAUCAAAAUAUAGCUAGAAUAUACACACAUAUAAUUCAUCAAAGCUGUGUAAUAUCAAAUAUGUAAGCACUGGCUUGUGCAUAAUUUACUGAGCCGCUGUUUUAGAAUUAUGACACACUUUUUAAGCAUUGGCAUUAUCUAAGCGACCAUUCAUGAUGUGCAGUUCAUUACUCUUAUACGGAAAACACUUAUGAAAAUGUAAAGAACCAUCCUAUUUAAUUCCUACUCUGUAACGGAGUAUAUUGUCGAUCUGUGUUCAAUAUAUCUGGGUAAAUUUAUUUCUUUUCUUACAUUUGUUUAUAUGUUUGGUAUACAGCUGUCUUUCCAUUCCUUUACAUUUGCAUCAUCAAUCAUCACGUGAAGUGAUAAUGCAAUAUUUCUACUCACUCAAUAUCACGAGCCUUAUUUAUUAAUAUAAGUGAUCCACUACCUGUUUUGGGGGCUUUUGUGAAUGGUGAUAUAUAUAUAUAAAAGCACAUGCAUAUUACUUUAAAUCCAAUUUAACGCAGUCUUCCAUUGACUAAUUUUUUUGAGAUUGCAUGAGAUAGAAUAUAUACAUCACUCUAAACAUAUGACCUAUUUAUUAUUUUGAAUUUCAACACGUCAGCUCUAAAUGACAAAUUCCACCGCUAUAAAUAGGGAGAAGCAUUCCAAGUUUAAAUAUUAGAGCACACGGGUGGGUGUCUCGAUCGAUAGGAAAUCUAGAGCUGCCACGGUCAGUUAAACAUCAAUAGAGGUUUAAAAUCCAGAGCAAACACUCUCGUAGUUCAUAUGUAAAAGCUGAGGCUGGGUCAAUUGAAUUUUGAAAUCUACUUAUUACAGUGUAUGUUUAUCAGUCAUUCAUACGUGGAUACCGACUAGUAUAUAGAGCGAGGAAUUGGUAACUUGUCUCAGUUACGAUUUUAUAUUUUAUCAAUCGGGUUGUUUAACUUGUAGGUAUAUUCACUACACUAUGGACUCUAAAGAUGUGAACCUUGAAGCUGCACCAACGUAUACAGGACAGGACCCUCCAUCCUAUGACUCGAUAUUUGGGAAGAUCAAGCACGCCAAGGAGACGUCUGAAGGCAAUGUCGGAUUUGCAAAGGCAGCCGUUGGGAUUUUAUGUGCAUCAGUGGGGUGUACUGUGUGUCUGGGGGUCACAAUGGCCAUCCCAUUAGCAAGCAUCAUCAUUGGCGCCAUGUACUUGGAUGACUGUCCAUUAGAGAAAUACAUUCCCAUCUACCUGGUGGUUUCCGGUUCCGUUGGACUCUUCUAUAAUCUGUUUGGAAUUGUCCAGUCUGCUUGCUGCAAGAGAAAGCCUGAGAAUGAAGGAGCGGAAGAGGAACAGGGAGCGGGAUCCAAAUUUGGGUCCUGUCUGUCGUCACUGUUAAGCUGCUUCAUGUUUGCGUGGUUUAUUGCUGGUAACGUUUGGGUAUAUGGCUCCCACAGUGACUUCAGCUCAAAUUCCGCCUCAGCUAAUUACUGUCACCCUACGGCUUUUUAUUUCGCGUUCUGGACAAUCACAGUGGCAUACAUUAUGAUCGGGCUCGUUAUUUUGCUUUCUUGUUGCUGUUGUGUGGCGCUUUGUGUUUGUAAUAAAAAGUCCGAGGAUGCUUAACACAAGUAGAAUUGACAACAAAUUAAAAACAAUGGAAUUAAUUUCGAAUUUCGUUAAUUUUUAAUUCUAUUUUACUAUCUUGUUAGAUUAGGCUUCAGUGCUUAACUUAUAAUGUGUUUGUUGUAAAUGAAAAUUGAUAAGGAGUUUUAAAACAGGAAAAUAUAUAAAACCAUGGUGAAAAAUUUCUACGUCUUCAUUAUACAAAUUCUUCAGUCAACAUGUUUAUUAGUUUUUGAUUGAAUAUCGGGAAAUAUGCUAAUCAGAUGGUGAAGCAGACGGAGCGUGCGAGGUUCGCAUUCGUACAACCACCAAAGGUGGAUAUUUGUGUUGUAAAUUCAUUCAAUAAACUAUUUUAUUGCA